AUGUUGGAUAGCACCACAAAGUCUAGAAUUCGGAACUCCGGUACCGCUUAUAGCGCCUUCAAAAUGAACAGCGUGCUUCGUUUUGAUGAAAUUCCCCUGUAUGGAGUCUUUCUGCUGAGCUGCGGAUUGGGAGCCUUAACGGCUAUUGCUGUGAAAUUGAUUUGGGUUCCGUAUCUCCGACGCAAAAUUACGAGUGGAACUUCCAUGCAGAUUUACUGGACGGGGAAGCUAAAGCAGUGUCGUCCCGCCAGAUUAAGAAUAGUUUCGUCCCAGCACAAAAGAGAGCAACGCUCGAAGUCUACACAAACGAACAAGAAAGCUUCUUUGUCCGAUGUAACUGUACGACAAGCUUCAAGUGACUUAUCAACGGAACUGGAACUAGAACAUUCUGAGAUGGAGAUUCACGAACCAAAUGACUUGAACAACAAUGCGACAUUGGUUAACCCGGGUAAAGAAAAUGAUGAGCAUAGGAAACAAGUCACAAGAAAAAGAAGCAAAAGUCAGUGUUGUUGUUUCGCAUACUCGAAAGCAAAUCACACGGACCCUACGACGAUCGAGAUGAUUGCCCGUGAUGAGAACUGCUCCAACUACGUGAUUCACACAAUUGCUGUUGAUUUCCUCGGCACCGUUAAAAUGGAUGAAGAAGUUGCUAAGAACUCAAGUACGCCAAAAGAACCUAGUUCCAAAACGUUACACUCUCUGUCAAGAACGAACAAGAAAUCGGGGGAGCGCACGCACAUCAAAGACAGACCAGAGGAAGCCAAAGUUUUUGCGUUGCUGCAAAUUGUCACUGCUGUUUUCGGAUCGUUUGCUCAUGGGGGCAACGAUGUCAGCAACGCUAUUGGGCCCCUGAUCGGCCUAUGGAUUAUCGGCACAACUCAGAUGGUAAAUUCUGAAUCCCCUACUCCUCUCUGGAUACUGUGUUAUGGUGGACUCGGAAUAGCUGUGGGGUUGUGGAUAUGGGGUCGCCGUGUGAUUCAAACGCUCGGUAAAGACUUAACCCACAUCACACCAUCUACAGGAGUAUGCAUUGAAAUAGGAUCCGCGUUGACCGUUUUGAUCGCAAGCAAGAUUGGUCUUCCAAUUUCAACAACGCACUGCAAAGUCGGGUCGGUAGUUGGUGUUGGAGGGGCCCGCUCAAAGGACAGUGUAAACUGGGGCAUUUUCCGGAACAUUCUAAUAGCGUGGUUAGUGACAUUUCCUGCUGCUGGAGCCUGUUCAGCAUUACUUAUGUACUGUUUCACAUUCGUUGUAUAGAGUAAAAGACAAAAGGAUCAAAAAACAACCCUUUCGUUCCAACAUAUUUCUCAACAUGGUGCAAUUGUACUUUACUAUUACCUCGAUGAGUGCCUGCAAAUUGUCAUGAAACAAAUCUACCGUGACAUUAAAUUUGGAAUAUUUUAAAAGCCUGUACAAUCAAUCGAUCAAUACUCGGAGGUCAAAAUUAAUCUCUGAUAAUUGCUUUUUGCCAUCAUUUCUCUACACAUAGUCG